CACUCCUCUCUUCUGGGUAAGCGUGGCAGUUUGAUUUCAGGUCCCCAAGGAAGGACAUGUGUGGGUGUGCAUGGCAGAAGCCCUGGCGGCUCUCCGAGGGCUUUCUCUGCCUAGCUGUCUUAAAAAUCACUGUUUGGCCUCGCUGAGCAGUGAUUCUGUUUUGUAUUUGUUAACUUGAUCUCAAGGAGCCCAGAGGCUCCCUUCUUGGUGUUUCUUCCUUGUGGCCCCUGCGCCUUGAGGCUGAGUCUCAACUAGAUGGUGGGAGAAAAGGUAUGUGGGGGGGGGGGCAGCUUUGGGAUAUGGAGAAUCCAUUUGUAUGUGGAUGCUGUCUAGUUCUCUUCACUGCUUUGGUUGGUUGGUUUUUCCAGACAGGGUUUCUCUGUGUAGCCCUGGCUAUCCUGGAACUCAAGAGAUCCUCCUGCCUCUGCCUCCCAGAUUGCUGGGAUUAAACGCAUGUGCCACCACCCCUUGGCUACCAUUUUCAAGUUUAGAAAUAGUGAUUAUUGAGUGUGUCUUUUGUUUUUUGUUGUUGUUUUUGUUUUCCCAGACAAGGUUUCUCUGUGUAGCCCUGGUUAUCCUGAAACUCAAUUUAUAGACCACGUUGGCCUCGAACUCGCAGAGAUCCACCUGUCUCUGCCUCCCUGAGGGCUGGGAUCAAAGUUAUAUAACACCACAUCUUCACUGGUUUUCUUGAACUUUGACUUUAGGUGUUAAAAUUCAACCAGGCUUCUUUGUUAUUGUGGUCAGCUGACAGGAACCAGGAGUCCACUGGGCUUAACUUGCACUUUCACGGCUAGCAGAGUGCAAGUUCCGCCCUACGGACUUAUAAUGGGUGGUGUGUGGACCAAGUUCACAUAGUCUAGAUAGAACAACCUGUGGGGGAGGGUUAACAUUCAGCCAUCAGAGUGGCUGGAUUCAUGAUUAUUUGACCCAUCAUUGUUAUUAAUAUGAUUAAUAAACUAUUUAUUGAUUUCAUUGUUCUUCCUAACUUAAUAGCCUGCGUGUGGAACUUGCUUAAAUGACCCUCAGCUUCCCAACCCUGUAAGUUCUCUCACUGGGACAGGAUUGCUGGUCUGUGUGUGUACCCUUACACACACUCAGAAAGAUGCCAGACAGGUCUUUCCAGUGUGCUGUGAUUCCUGCUCCAUGACACUGAGUUAGGUGAUAAGAACAUUAGAUUGCUCACUGAUGAUUACUGAGGCCCAGCUGUGCAUGCUGGGAAUGUGCCUUUUAAGUAUUUCCUGGCCUAGACCAUGAACUGCAACACGCAGGAAGGAAGCUGCCUUUUUCUAGCUUCCCAAUACUCUGUCAGUAGUAAGACGAUUAAAAUGUCAACCUCAGGAUCCUGACCACUCCAGAGAAUAUAAGGGUUUCACCUUUGACACCACUGACGCCCAGUCUGAGCUGUUUUUACACAUAAUUAAAUUUAUUCUGCUAGGUUUAUGGCUAUGAGGUUUAAAGGACUAUAUAUGCAGUCCAUCCAUAAAAAUUCAUGCAAAUAGUGGGCAUCAGCUUGACAUAAUGCCCUUUUCAUCCCUUCAUUUGGCAAGUGUUUAUCGUGUACUUCAUCGUAGAAGUCCACACAGGAGGCUAAUCAAGACAUGGUCUUUGCCUUCAAAUCCCAUAGUCUAGUAGAUUAUGAUCAUCAAAAGGAACCUAUGCAGGGUAUUGCAAGACUUUCAUAGGCGUUGACCAGGAAGGAGAGAAACACAUUCUCGCCAGGAAACAGUGGGUACAAAGGUAGUGAAAUGAGGAACUGACGUGCGUGUGAGGUUACUGGAGGAAAAGCUCCAGGGGAUAACCUUUUCCAGUUCAGCCCUGACAUUCUGCUUUCACAGUGGUCUUUUUCUGUUGCAGACUUUUCCUGAGCUGGUACCUUUUUGUUUUGAAGCCGGUGAGUGCUUUCUUAGGCUGUGGUGUGCACAUUAAGCACUUACAGUUUCCCUGCUCUCUGCCCUGUAACCAUUCUUUCCAAAGCUUACUCACAUUUCUAUUUCAGAUUGUCAGGGUAAUAGGGUUUAGGUCCUCAGAGACCUAAAGGUCUCUCUGAGACGUAGAGGUGGUCUUCAACUCCAUUGUCCUGGUAAGUGAGAAACACCGAAUGAUCUGAAAGCCUCCUUUCCUUGGUAUUUCCCCAUUGAUGGCAGCUUGUUUUCUUUUGGAGUUCUUAGCCGUUAGGAAGCCUUAACAAAAUGUACCCCUUCAAUAUCUUGUCCUGUUUAGAACCCACCCCUCUAAUCCUCCAUGAUGAAGUAGUCAAGAGCUUGGUCUUCUGUCAUUAGAGUUCAAAUACCAGCUCUUCCACUUUCUAGUUGUCUGACAUGGGGCCAAUUUUCUCAGUCCCUCUGCCUCAGUUUCCCUCAACUUCCUAGGGUGCUUGGAAAGACUGAUAAAGGUGAUACAGGUAAAAUACUGAACUCAGCCGCUACACACUUAAGGAUUCAUACUGGCUUGUGGUAAGAGGUGGUAACCAUUUGAAAUGAACUAUUUUGAGUUAACCAAUGAUUGUGAUAUUGCUUUCCUAUUCCUAGUGUUAUGUCUAUUUUAUUUGAUAGGGGAGGAUGAAAGAUGUAUUUUACAGCCGGUGUGGUGGUCCCACUCCUUGGAUGCCAGCACGUGGGAGGCAGAUGCAGGCGGAUCUCUGAGUUCAAGGACAACCUGGUCUACACAGAAAGCCUGUCUCGAAACAAACAAACAUAAAAUUUACCAUUUCCUAGAAUUGGGUUCUGUCCUUUAAAGGAACCUGAGGUGGAUUUUCAACCUUGGAACCUGCCCUGCAAAUGGCUGCUCUAAUUCAUAUUUUUCAUUAAAUGCUCAGCUUGCCUCGCCUAUAACUGUCUUCCCUGGACCCGAAACCCUAGUGUUUGGCCAUAAAUGAUAUUCAAGGGAUAUAAUUCUAUUCCUUACAAAGUGUAGAUAGAUUAAUGUCAAGGCACACGGAAUAUAUUACCUUGACUAAAACAAAAUUGUAAUAUUUAGUAUUGGUCUUGUUUCUCACUUUUGAAGUGCAAGUCAACAAAUACCCAGAUGAUGUCAGUUUGUUUAUACAGGUAUAGAACUUGACCUAAAAAAGCCCUGGUUCAAGUUAUCAGCCCUUCACCACCGUCAUGCCCUACAGGACCACUCCCAAACUAGUAAGCCUUGUGUGGUAGCCCUCAUAAUGAAAAUAGGUACGCCAGGCGGUGGUGGCGCACACCUUUGAUCCUAGCACUUGAGAGGCAGUGGCAGGCCAGCCUGGGCGGUUACACGGAGAAAAACUGUCUCAAAAAAGAAAAAAAAAACAGGUAUGUUUGGCAGAGAGAAAGGACAAAGAUACCCCAGUAGAAAUAAAUUAAAAAAAAAAAUUUUAAAAGGAAGUAGACUUGCGUGGGGACAAAAACUACACUUCCCGCCAGGCCUUGCGGCGCGGCGUGCUCACCUAAUGAGUCGCAAGCGCGCCUUUCCCGCGGCGGUCUCAGAUGUGAACGCCCCGCCCCCGUGGGUGGGCGUGGCCUCAUGCUGGGCUCUGAGACCUGGGGCUGUCUUAUUGGCUGUAGGUCAUCGCCGGCGGAGGCGUGGUGAUUAGCGACAACGAAUCAGAAGCGUGGCUGGACUUUGGCGCGAGACGGGAACGCUGUGGCAGGGCCGAUUUGGCGCGAGCUGAGAUCGCUUCAGCUGAGCACCUUGUGGCGGGAGAUCCCGUGCGCUUGUGAUCGAAACGCAGGAACGUGCAGUGAGGCGACACAGCCUUGAAGAGUGUAAAGCAGCAGAUUGCUCCGUGAGGCCCGAGAGUCGGCCCGGGCCCCAAAGAGUUGGUGGAACUGGUUCGAGCGUGGCCUGUGGAGAGCGGAGAUCGCCUGAGGCUUCCUGGCUUUUUUUUUUUACCCAGUUGAGUGGUCAUCAUGCCUCAAACCCGAUCCCAGGCACAAGCUACCAUCAGUUUUCCGAAAAAGAAGCUGUCUAAGACACUGAGCAGCAAAACGAAUUCCCCCAGAGACAGUAAAGUAAAACUUAAAGACGCCCGGGCUGAACCUUCUACUCCACGCGCAAACGGGAAAAUUCUGCCUCUCAGUCCCAGAAAACGUCUGGGUGAUGACAACCUGUGCAACGCUCCUCAUUUGUCUUCCUGUUCCCCACCGAAGCUGGGCAAGAAAGAAAACGGCCCACCUCACUCACAUACUCGGAAGGGAUGCAGAUUAGUAUUCGAUGAUGAGCCGAUGGUUAAGUCUUCAAACCAAAAAGAACAAGACCGAGUUCACCAAAACCAGAUACUUCCCUCGGCUCAAAAAGGUCAAGAAAGUGAAACAAAUUCUGAGCAGAAAUGUCCGCCGGGGAAGGAAUCUGCUCGUAUGAGACUGUUCAAACAAGAAGGAACUUGCUAUCAGCAAGCAAAGCUUGUCCUGAACACAGCUGUCCCAGACCGGCUGCCUGCCAGAGAAAAGGAGAUGGACGUCAUCAGGGCCUUCCUGAAGGAGCACAUCUGUGGGAAAAAAGCGGGAAGUCUCUACCUCUCUGGUGCUCCUGGGACCGGAAAAACUGCCUGCUUGAGUCGGAUUCUGCAAGACCUCAGGAAGGAAGUGAAAGGCUUUAAACCGAUCCUGCUGAAUUGCAUGUCUUUGAGGAGUGCCCAGGCUGUGUUCCCAGCUAUUGCUCAGGAGAUUGGUCGGGAGGAAAUAUGCAGACCAGCUGGGAAGGACUUGAUGAGAAAAUUGGAAAAGCAUAUGACUGCUGAGAAGGGCCCCAUGAUUGUGUUGGUGUUGGACGAGAUGGAUCAGCUGGACAGCAAAGGGCAGGAUGUUUUAUACACACUGUUUGAAUGGCCGUGGCUGAGCAAUUCCCGAUUGGUGCUCAUUGGUAUCGCUAAUACCCUAGAUCUCACAGACAGGAUUCUGCCAAGACUUGAAGCUAGAGAAAACUGUAAGCCGCAGCUGUUGAACUUCCCCCCUUACACCAGAAAUCAGAUAGCUACGAUCUUGCAGGAUAGACUCAGUCAGGUGUCAAGAGACCAGGUUCUGGACAGUGCUGCCAUUCAGUUUUGUGCCCGCAAAGUAUCUGCUGUUUCCGGAGACAUCCGUAAAGCACUGGAUGUUUGCAGGCGAGCUAUUGAAAUUGUGGAGUCGGACGUCAAAAGCCAGACGGUCCUCAAACCACUGUCUGAAGGUCACUCACCCUCUGAGGCACCAGUUCCCAAACGUGUUGGCCUUGCUCACAUAUCCCAAGUCAUUUCGGAAGUGGAUGGCAACAGGGUGACUCUGAGCCAAGAAACAACACAAGAUUCCCUCCCUCUCCAGCAGAAGAUCUUGGUUUGCUCUUUGCUGCUCUUGACCAGGCGGCUGAAAAUCAAAGAGGUCACUCUGGGGAAGUUAUACGAAGCCUACAGCAGCAUCUGUCGCAAACAGCAGGUGGCGGCUGUGGACCAGUCUGAGUCUUUGUCCCUGGCGGGGCUCCUGGAGUCCAGAGGCAUUUUGGGAUUAAAGAAAAAUAAGGAAAGCCGCCUGACCAAGGUGUCUCUGAAGAUUGAAGAAAAGGAAAUAGAGCAUGUCCUGAAAGGCAAAGCUUUCCUUGGUAAUAUCCUCGCUGCUGGACUGCCCUGAAUGCUUCUCUCACCCCACCUGCAAGUAUCCAGCUGACGUUUGGCAGACUGGGGAGUCUCCAUUUUAGUGUAUGGAUUCAUUGGCUCAUAUGUGAUGGCAUAUGCCUGUAAUCCCAGCACUUGGGAAAUAGAGGCAGAAGGAUCAGGAGUUCAAGGCCAGCCUUUGCUACAUAGUGAGUUUGAGGCUGGCCUGGACUACAUAAGACACUCUAAAAACAAAAGCAACGACCCUUUUAAAGUACUCUUCGCUACCGUUUCCACUUAUGCACCUAACCAAUGUGCCUGCAAGGAUAUUUGUGUUGAAGGAUUUGUAUGUAUUAUUUCUAAAUGCAAACGAUAUAUUUUGUAAAGAACUUGGAGGUUUGAAGAUGGAGUGGAAUGAUCCAGAAAAAUGUACAAGCCUACAGGGAAAUUUGAAGUCCUUUUGGUCAAAGGACUCUGGCGUUGACUACGUUCCUGCACAGGUACUGCCUCGGACUUUUUAAGGACUUGGGGAGUUUUCCUAGUGCUCCCACGCAAUAUGGGGGGUGGUAAGGAGAAUGUAACUACAGAUUGUGAAUAUAUUUAUUUUCAGGUUUCA